AUAUUCACCUUGUUUUAUAUUAGCAAGAAAAUAUGGUAUUUCAGAAAUGCAUCAAAAUAUUUCACCGCACCUGUCCGCCAAAAUCAUGACUUCCAAUACUGAUGCUUCUGAAUCCCAGGUUUUAUCGUCAAGUCAAACGACAACUGGUCCUACAACACUAUCCUUCCACCACAUAUCCUAUAGUGUAAAAACUCAUGCCUUCCCAUGGAGUUGUUCAAAUCGUCUGAAAGUUCUUUCAGACCUCAGUGGUUAUAUGCCCCCGGGAAUGAACGCGGUAAUCGGACCGACAGGUUGUGGAAAAUCUACUUUAUUAGAUGUUUUGGCUGGGCGUAAAAAUCCUUCGAAAAUAAAUGGAUAUUUAUUACUGAAUGGUCAGUUUUUACAGCAUAAUGUUCGACGACGUCUUUGUGGAUAUGUUGUUCAGGAGAAUAUUGCUAUGGAUACAUUGACUGUUCGAGAGAAUAUUACAUUUUCUGCCACUCUAAGAUUGCCGCGUUGUACCACUUCACGCGAACGAGAUGCCAAAGUGUCGAGUGUUAUUGAAGAACUUGGUCUUACUUCUGCAGCUGAUCGAAUUCUUGGUACCCAGUUAACUCGUGGCAUUUCUGCUGGUGAACGAAAACGUACAUGUAUUGGUAUUGAAUUAGUAAAUGAUCCAUUAGUGCUAUACCUGGAUGAACCUACUACAGGUUUAGAUGCUUACACCGCUGGGACAGUAAUUCAAACGCUAAGACGAUUAGCAGAUUCUGGUCGAACAGUUGUAUUUUCAAUCCAUCAACCAAAAUAUUCUAUCUAUCGUCUGUUUGAUCGGCUUACAAUACUCUCUGAUGGACAAAUGAUCUACCAUGGACCAGCUGGUAAAACACCCAUCGCUUAUUUCGAAAGUUGUGGUUAUUUAAUUGAAGGUCACAACAAUCCAGCUGAUUUUUUUAUGGAUAUCUUGCAUGGAGAAGCUGACGUCACGGAAGCCGUUCCACAGCAAACAAAUACUUCAACUAUUCCAGAUACCAAUGAGAAUGUUGGCACAUGUAAAACUCUCCGUGAAAUGGUUCGACGCAAGCUUAUUUCAUAUUGGUUAGAGUCUACACUAUGUCAACAGUGUAAAGUAUUCCUAGAAGAAUGUAGCAGAGAUUUCCAUAUGAAUGUAUUGAAACAAUCAAAACAACCAAAAUUGAAAAAACUUCAAAGGCAAACAUCAAACAUCUCAACAUUUUCAUGGUUUACUCAUCAAAAAACAGUAAAAGCUAGUCAACGAAAUAAAGUAUAUGAUACAGAUUUUAUCCAACCGGGUAAUUAUCUAUCAACACUGGAUAGAGAAAUUGAAAAAUUUGAUGAAUUAUGGGCAUUGAGUCGUUCUGUCAGUACCAUAACUGCUGCUGCCGCUGCUACUAUUAGAGAUGAUGAGCUUAAUCCAGUCACCGGUGUUAAACAUGAAAUUGAUGAAGUGAAAUUAAUAAAGACGAUACCUGAAUUAUCAGAAUUCCAACUGAAUAAAUCCUAUCGUGUACGAACCAAUGACAAGAAUAAAAUUAUCAGUAGACAUAAAAUAGUCAACCGCUGUAGGUAUCCACAGUUAUCAGUUUACCAACAGUGUCAAACUUCGUUCUGUCAUCAACUUUGGACACUUAACUGGCGAUCAUAUUUAAAUCUGAAAAGAUCCAGUAGGACAAUACUAGCCCAUUUCAUUAUACAACUUGUGAUAGCUUUGUUUCUAGGGAUUAUAUAUUUAAAUAUGGAUAAAUGGCGCGAAUCAGGAAUUCAAAAUCGGAUGGGUUUAUUCUUUUUCACUUGUGUUCAUCUAUUAUUCAUCAGUGGUGCAUUACUGGAAAUAUUUUUAAAAGAUCGUGUUAAUUUUAUCUUAUUUUGUUUAACUAGGCAUGAAACUUCAGCUGGAUUCUACAGAAUCUCAACUUAUUUCCUAUCAAGAAUUAUAUCAGAUGUCUUACCGACUAAAGCGAUACCGGCCUUCCUAUGCUUAUCUAUAACAUACUUUUUAUCUGGUCUACGCUACGAAUUACGUCCAUUCUUAUUUUGGCAGUUGACAAUCACUUUGUUGACUAUUUGUGCUUCAGCAAUCACAUUUGCUGUAAGUGCAAUGGUUACGGACAAUAGAAUUGGAUCAAUGCUGUUAUCUAUGUUUUUCGUUCUAAUGAUGAUAACAAGUGGCUAUUUGGUAAAUAUUUCAACCUUAUGGAAAUGGCUCCAAUUGGUGCGUUACAUCUCAAUAUUACGAUAUGCAAUUAACAUUUUGGCAAUAAAUGAAUUACUCGACAUGAAAUUUUGUCCUCGAUCUAUACUGUCUUCUUCACUAAAUCUUAACAGUGUUAAUAUCAGUGAUCCUGUUUAUUCAAAUCUCACAGCAACAAUACUAGAGGAAUGGAAGACUGCUGAACACUUUCAAACAGGCAUUGGAAAGAUUCCAAAUCUAGAAUCUCUAUGCAUUACUGGUGUACAGUAUUUACAAUCACAAGCAGUUGAAUAUCAAUCAAGUUGGGCGGUAUGGUUGAACGAGUUGGGUAUUUUUGUGAUUACCAUUGUAGCCUUGGGUGUAGCUUACUUCCAUUUGAGAUUAAUUAAAAGGUAUAAAUGAGAACAGCACCAACACGUUUUAAAUAGAAUAAUCCAUAAUUUUUAUUUUAUUAUUACUGCUUUGUUUUUCCUGUUUAUUUUAUUUAUUCAUUACGUAGUCACUAACUUGUUUUUUUUAUAUUAAAACUGUCUUUCACACAACUAACCUUACUUACUGGCAACUAAUUUGUAUACUUGAAUUGCAACGCAAACAACGAAACUAAAAACUGUAAUAUACUCACAGCUAUUUUCUAAUUGUCUUUUCUUCAAUGUUCAAUAGUGCUUUUUAUUCUAAUCAUUAACACAAGUCUAGCUGUACGGUCGCAUAUACGUAUACAUACGUGUUGUAUAUAAUACUGUAUAACAAUGAAAAUAGCGCCACUAAUAGAUCUCAUCUUUUUGUUGGUUGACGAUGACAUAUCUAUUAUGUACUGUACUGUCAUUCCACUUUUGUAUGUAAUUUAUUAUUUUUUUCGUUGAUAAUUUUGAUAAAUUUGUAAUUUCUAAGAUUAUUUUUACAGCAAUUUAUAGAUAAAUAGAUGUAAAUGUAUAAUCAUGUAUUGACCUCUUGUGAUCACAGAGAUAAGUCAGGAAGUGUUAUCUACAUAAAUUUCAGAAAAUACAUUCAUAACG